AUGGCAGACUCCACUUCAUUCGAUGAAAGGCCUGCUGCUACUAUGUCCGCCAUGCUGAGCAAGGACAAAUCAAAACGUCUGUCAAAACAGAACAUCAACCCCCUCCAGAAAUGCAUAGGAGAUUUCAUAAACACGCAUCUCUCGCAAUCUCUAUUAGCGCAACAUGCCGUACCACUCGAGGAGCUGGUCUCCUCGCUCCCCAAACGAUACACCAUAUACGAGCCCAUGCUCCUGCUUCCGCUGAACGCCUUUACCCACCCUCCGGCCUGGGCCAAGCUUUAUGAAGGUUUAGAUGACAACCAGCGCCAGACUCUGUACGCCUCCAUCGCGAGCGCCUUCUCGCGAUAUGGGGUAACACACGUUGCCAUGAACGCACCAAUCGUGCUUACAGACACUCAAGGACAUGAGAACAGGAUGCGCAGCCCUAUCGGGCUCAUCACGCUGCAUGGAGAUUUCGGACCAGCCACGUCGCGGGAUGGCGAGGAUAUCCAGCCCUCGGAAGAUGAUUACAAGCGCGCAUUCUGGGUCCGUACUGUCCAGAAUCACGGGAUCGUACAGAUCUGGGCUCCGCUGCAUACCAUGUUCUCUCGGGGAAAUGUCACUGAGAAGGCCCGGAUACUGGGGCAUGGGUCUACGUUUGAGGGGUUAGAUGAGGUAUCGCUUCAUGGGAAGACAGCUGGCGAUGUCGCCGUCAUCGAUAUGUACGCCGGGAUCGGGUACUUUGUUUUCUCGUAUCUGAAACGCGGGGUCCAGAGGGUUUGGGGGUGGGAGAUCAAUGGGUGGUCUGUGGAGGGAUUGCGUAGGGGAUGUGUGGAGAAUGGAUGGGGUUGUAAAGUUAUCAGGGUGGGAAAUGAUGGCCAGCUGAGUGUGCCUGUUGACGAGCUGGUCGGGGGCCUUUGUGAUACUGAUCGGGUGGUGAUUUUUCACGGAGAUAAUGGGUUUGCAGCGGGGAUUAUGCGUCAGGUUAGAGAUGCUAUGGAGGGUCGGCAAGGGUGGACCAACAUCAGACAUGUCAAUUUGGGGCUUUUGCCAUCUUCCAGCGACGCUUGGGAUGGUGCCUGCAGGAUCAUUGACGGGGACAAAGGUGGCUGGCUCCACGUGCACGAGAAUGUCGAUGUGCAACAGAUCGAGGUGAAGAGAGGCGAGAUUACCGCCACCGUGCAAGGUCUCUGGACUGAGUCUGCGUCCCAGAUUGCGAAUACGGAGCCCCGUGCUGAAUGUCGGCACGUCGAAAAAGUCAAGACUUAUGCUCCAGGGGUAAUGCAUUGUGUUUUUGACCUACACCUCUCCCAUCAAGAGAUUUGCGGCAAUGCGCCAUGA